UGCCGUUGCUUCAAUAUCAAUCCUCCCUUCUUCACUACGCCACCACCAUUAAACCUGCUCUCUCUCUCUCUCUCUCCUAUUUUCCGCCAAACAAAGGCGCCUUCACCGUCCUCACGGCAUUGCUUUUUCUAUGCUCGUUAUUGUUAGUUGUUGUUGUUGAUGUUGAUUUUGUCGUUGAUUCAUCCAUUUAUUUCCAAUCCAAGACUUCGUUUCUAAUCAAUCCACUUCUUUUGCUCUCCUUGAAUCCCCUUCUUUUUCUUCGUUGAAUUUGAUGGCUUCUAGCGGAGGUGGAAGCGGUGUAGUUUCUGAAGAAUCUAUGUCGACUAUUUGUAAAGAUGAGAACGUGAUGUUGUCGUCUGAGGGCUCCUCGUGCCCAGACGAGUCGGAGAUUGAAUUAGGGCUAGGGCUCAGCCUCGGUGUUCGCGAUUCACGCAAGAUUCAGAAAGUUUCCGUCGCUCAAUUUGGGAGAAUUUUAACGGCUGAGGAUUUUUCUUCGUCGAUCUGUUCCUCGUCUUCGCUUAGUGGAGUCAAUGUCACUAAUGGUUCGAAGAGAAAUUCUGAUUCCGCAGCGACUAUCAAUGGCGGGAGAGGUAGCCAGGUCGUGGGGUGGCCCCCAAUCAGAGCUUCUAGGAUCAGUACCUUGGUUAACCAGGCAAAAUCUCAUUCUGUAGAAGAAUUCAAGGCAGUUGCUGGCAAGAAUAAAAACAAGCAUACGGAGGCAGGGACACUUAAUGGUGUUAGUGAUAGAAACAAAGCAAAUGAAGAGCGUAGGACUUCCAGAAAUUCUGUGUACGUGAAGGUGAAUAUGGAUGGAGUUCUCAUUGGAAGAAAGGUUAACCUCAGUGCUCACAGUAGCUAUGAAACCUUGGCUCAAACCGUCGAGAACAUGUUCCUUGAUCCCACCGCACUGGUUGACUCCACUGGAUCGAGUAUAAAGGAACAUGACAUAGUGAGACCCUCCAGACUACUAAAUGGACUAUCUGGGUACAUGCUUACUUAUGAAGACAAGGAAGGAGAUUGGAUGCUAGUUGGCGAUGUUCCUUGGGGAAUGUUUACCCAAUCCGUGAAGAGGCUUAGGAUAAUGAAAGCAGCUGAAGCUAAUCAAAUUGGCAGGUGAUCUGCCAGCAGAAUUGAAACUCAACAAUUGAAGAUGCUCUUUUUUUCUUUCUUUUUUAUUUUCUUUUGCGCGACACCUAUUCUCCGUGGCGAAUCUGCUGCUCUGUAUCGGAACGAGGAAGGCCAAUAUCAGCUCGAAAAAACUGUGCAAAUGAGAGGUAAUAGGCUAUAAGCAUUUUGAAAGAAAAAGGAUUGGCCUUUUUCUCUUCUUUUCUGGGUUUUCUGAUCUUAUUCCCAAAGCUCUGGGAAUUGUCAAUUUGUGUAGUUUUGUAAGUCACGGUCAUAAAGCCCUACACAUAUACAGAUGUGGGAAUGUUUAUGUUGUGAAUAUUAAAGCAAAUACUGCUCUGCUUAAGCCUUUUAUGCCUUGGGAAAGUGCUCUUUUGUUCUAGUUUUCUUCUCA